ACCAGGAAGUGUUUUUCAGUUAGCGGCACAUGACUGUCAGCUGGUUUGCGUCACGUGAGCAGAACUUUGCGGAAAAUGUCACGCUCGAGGUGCUCGAGCCGAGUGAGUUUAAUGGCUUUUAUCGGCCUUUUUAUCGCCCUUUUCUCCACGGAGAGCUCUGCUGCUCAAGUGCCACUUUUAAUGUGGUCCAGUGACAGCUUACCACCACUGGCCUCACCUGCAGCUGGUCACAUCACGUCCAAUGAGCAGCUGACUGCCUACCUCACCUCGGCCUUUGGCUCCGGUCCCAACACUGUGCUGUUAUUCCUGCAGGACAAGUUAAGCAAAGAAGACUUCACAGUCUUUGGUGGAGUGUUUGGAAACAAGCAGGACAGUGCCUUUCAAAACCUUGAGGCUGCACUGCAGUCUUCUCCCUCGUCAGUGAAGCUCCCUGCUUUAGAGUGGUCGGACUCCUCUGCCACGCUGGCUCUGCUGCAGGAGAAGCUCGAUGUCUCGCCCGUGCUCGUAGACGCAGACACUUUGUCACAUCUCAGCAUCAACACAUCUGCCAGCAACCUGCUGCUCAUCAAUCUUCCCUAUUGUACUGGCUUUGACAAGUCUUGCAAGCAAGUCCUACAUGACAAUGAUGAAAAUAUCGGGAAAGUUCUGACUGUCAUGAAAGACAAAAACGUGCCAUACACUGCGAUAUACACAGGACUCCAGCCAUCACGGGUGAUUUCAGAGACAUCUAUGUCUAACCAGCCUGCGGGGCGCUCCCUGCUGCAGGCCGUUGAGCCCUCUGUCAAACCGCCCAUCAUGUAUAAUUUAUCCGGUAACCCUUGCAUAAUGCUUUGGGCUCAGAAUCUCAACAUCAGCCUCACGAGCACUUCAGAGUGGAUCGACCUCGCUGCAGAAACGCCUUCCUUGGCAGGAUCCUUCUGCAACAGCAGCUACUCGCUGCUUGUCCUGACGUAUACAUCAGGCCAUAUACUAAGUUUUUCCAUGAGUCGACGGUUAUAUUCUGUGUCUGCACGAUACUGGUUCACCUUGGACUCUGUGCAGCUGCAGUCAAACGGUCGAACAGCAUCUUUCAUUGGGAAACGCAACAUCUACGCCCCUGCAGAGUAUUCCUUCCACUGCCAGUCCGUCACCAGCUUCAGAGAUGCUCUGCUCGUGCCAACCAACGCCGACCAGAACACCACGCAGUGGAGGCUCAAUUUUAUCGACCUCCAGAUUCAGGGCUUCGGUUUGGCCAACGGAACAGACUUCUCCUAUGCCAGUGACUGUGCCGGCUUCUUCACCGCAGGGAUUUGGAUGGGGCUGCUGACCUCACUGCUCAUGCUGUACAUUUUCAUGUACGGUAUGCAUAUGAUCAUGCAGCUAAACACUAUGGAUCGAUUCGACGACCCCAAAGGUCCAUCGAUUUCAGUACCUCAGACGGAGUGAAGCGUUCCCAUACACACACACACACACACACUCCUCUGUCCUUCAGUGCCUCCUAGGAGAGUCUCUCCUUGUCAUGUAGCUGUAGCUGUUGUGUGUUUGGGACUUUUCUUUGAAGAUUUUUAUCCGGACCUUUCUCCUUUUUUUAGUUUUCUCUCCUGAAUCCUUCCACAGCUGUCUUUGGGAUACUGUCAUCUUGCAAUGCAUAUUCCAUUUCCUCUCUCUACCAGUGCCAAAGUUGGAUGCACCUUUUUUUAACGAGUUAAUUUGCAGUGCAUGUGCUAAAAGAUGUUUUGUGCCAGACACUGUGGCUAUUUUCCCUAAAAUAAUUAGCAAUAAUGUCUUGUACCAGAGAAUGUCUUCUGUGCCAACAUGAACGGGAUUGCUUGAUGCUGUAGGACCGUUUCAGACCUCAGUUCUGUUUUUUAUUUUUCCAACUCAACUGUAAUUUAAAGACUACUGCUUAUAAAACAGAAGUGCCUGUAUAUAAAGAUUAGAAUUCUGUUUGUGACUUUGGAAUUGCCUUACAAAAGUAUGCUAAUAUUUAACCUUGGAUUUAGUUCUGUUCUCACUUCUCACAGACGAAUCCAGCUCAAGUGCCAACACAAAUCAAAUAUUUUCUUGACAAAUAAUUUAUUUAUAUGAAAAAGAGUUUCCUUGACCUUAAAAUGUACCCCUUGCUUCAGGGUUAAUCAAAACCUUUAAUAAAAGUGCCUCAGUUCUGCUUUUGUCGAACUUAAUAAUGUGCAAUUGCCUUGACAUGUAACUUGUCUUUAAUUGAAAAUAAAGAUUUCUAUGUAA